GCAAACACACAGUGGACAAGGUGAGUAAGUGACAGGCUGUGUGAGUCAAAUGCAGUGAUUUAUUUAGACAAAUAUACAAAGAACAUUUUACAUUUACAUCACGCCUUGAAUGUAGACCAGGGCGGGAUCAGCCAGCGGCUUCCCGCAUGUGCGAUUCAUUUGCAGUCUGGACGAGGAAGGAUGAAUGUCUCCUGCUCUGACUGCAGCGCCACGACUGGGCCGCCUGUGAGUGUUUUGGGACGAGAACCACUGCAGCACCCGCUGCUAGCUGAGAAGAGUAAGAACGAUACGUGCUUUCACGUCAGAGUCUCCAAAAGCACCUGAAAAAGUGCUUUUUUGAAAAUGUGUCGCUAGAGGAGUCUGAAUGCUCGCUAAAUAUAGCGAUAAGUCGCUAAAUUGGCAACACUGCUCCAGGGACACGUGCUUCACGUCAGAGUCUCCAUUAACACCAGAAAAAGUCGCUAGAUUCCAUUCCAUUUCCGGGAACAAAAAAAUAACCUUCUCAAUGUCCAUCCGGAAUCCCCAAAGAUAAAUUGUAUAAAAGGCGGGAUUUAUAACUUUGUGACUGUGGUAACCCUAUUCCCAGUUUAGUUGACAGAUGCCGGCAUCACUCUGUUCGUCCUCCCCGUAACCGCUCGACUCAUGUCCCCCGCUUCUCCCCUCAGCGCUCUAAUCCUACCUAUUCCUCUCGCAGAAAACGGUGCCACGUCUCAAACUGCCUUCGUAUCUGUGUGGUAUUUAGCUCAUGUUUAACCAUUGACUCGGUUUUAACGCGGGCGUUGUUAGCUAAUUAACUACCUUGCUUCGUUCCGCCUUCCCCUACAAAUCAAGCACGCCUUUACUGUGGCCAAUCAGAAACGAUGGUAUCGUAGCGGCAAUUUAUAAUCAACUUCCAUCCAUUGUCAUUUUAACCAUCCAGCAACACAGCAGCACCUUAACAUCUGUUUAGUGUCCAGCAAAGGACAAAUGACAAUGUAAAAGAUUAUACUUUUGAAUUGUAAUUAAUGAAGUGAAAUUAUGAAUUGGCAAGUCGCUAGCUAGCUAACGUUAGAUAAGUGAUUUCAGUGCGGUCGCUCAUGAGGAGAGUUCGCUGGGUGACAACGCCGGCAAUCUGACUGCUUUCAUGCUAGCUGUUACGGCAACUGCACAGAUUCAUAUCUUUGGAACAUCUGUUCUAGCUAGCUAGCGUCCUUAUUUCAUGAAGCAUAUCCAUUGAAGAUGGAAAAGGAUGUUUCCAGCGUAAGCAAACAUAAUGCCACGAAGACAGAUCUGAGUUUGUUGCUGGAGUGUCUGAAGUACCAGAUGAGAUGUCCUGAUUCACAGAAACAAGCUCUUCUGACCAUCUAUUCUAUCUGUCAACAGAGAGAGGAGAAUGUGAACUUCUUCAGAGAGAUUGGAGGGGUGGUGUUUGUGUACAACCUCUCCAAAUCUAGUGCUCACGCAGAGGUCAGGGAGACCUCUCUCUUCAUACUGGGAACGCUGGCAGAGGCUAAUGUGUACUGUAAGCAGGCCUUGUGUAGGAGGGAGCUGUUCAGUGAUCUGACAGAUGGUCUGAUGCAGCAGGACAGCCCACUGACCCAGAAGAGAGUAGCUGUCUACCUGAUCUCUGUCCUCGUCGCCAACAACAGGUCUGGACAGAUUUUCGCUCAGACCUCUGGCUGUCUGGACAUCCUGCUAGACUUGUUCAGGACUAGUUUCCCUCUCUCUGGCAAGGCCACAGUGAAACCUGCGAACAUCACUCAGCUGUUCCAACUCUGGACCUCUGUGUCCAGUGCUCUCUGUGGCUGUGUCAACAACCCCCAGAAUGAGGAGAGCCAGCGUAUCUGUGUGUCAGCCUUCCCCCUGGUCAAGUCCUGGCUGCAGCAGCUCUCUCACCCCCAGGCAGAGAUGGUUCAGCCCAUCUGCUCCUUCAUAGCCAUGACAGUCGCCAACAACCAUUGUGCUCAGGAGAGUUUUUCCAGAGUUGGCGGGCUCGGAACUCUGACCCAAACUCUGAUUCACUUUGCCUCUGAUGCCUCCCACAGCCCAUUGGCCUGUCAGCUGUCUGUCAUCAUGACCAAAACUGUGUCAGCCUGCAUCACUGACAACCCUGUGUUGGUGUCAGGUCUGGCAGGUUAUGGUUUGGUUCCCCCCCUCAUCUCCCUGCUGUCCAGCCCCAUCCUGGAUCCCCAAGGCAGGCUAAUUAUCAUACUCACCCUGGGACACUGUACUGAGGCCUCUGAGGAGCACCAGUCUCAGUUGUUACAGUGUGGAGGUCUGUCCCUCAUCAUCACUCUACUGACUGAGUCUACCAGCGAAGAGCUCAGGAAGGCUGCUACGUUCAUACUGCAGACCUGCAAACAGGCUACUGUGUCUCUGCGUGGUGCAGUCCAGGGGGUGUCCCUGGGUCAGACUGGGGAGCUGGAGCCCCCUGUGGACAUGGAGGGGUACUGGAGGUCAGCACGAGACAUGCUGCACAGGAUCAACCAGCUGGAGAGACAACAGGCUCAGGGAGCUGAGGAAGAGUGGGAGGAGGACACACCGAACCCCCCAGACCAACAGAACCCUGCAGGAUUGGCGAGGAAGGAGCUCCUCUCACCCAUACCCCUCCCCCCAACCCCCGACCACAUCUCCUUACCAUACCAGGAGAGGAGAGGAGGAGGAGAUAAGAGUUGGAGAGGAGUAGAGUGGAGGGGCCAACAGAGAAGAUAUGGAAGUGGAGGAGAGAAAGGAGAGGAGAGGGCAAUGGAUGGCGAGAGAGAGACCCCUGUCCUAGCGAGGGUGGGUAGAGAUGGAGAGAGAGUGAAGCGAGACCAGAGAGAGGAGAAUCAACCCACAAACAGAGGGCAUGACCUAAUGCGUGUAAGGAGAUUCCAAGCCAGUGAGGAGCCGCAGAAACACAGCCGCAGCAGCAGAGAGCGAGAGAAGAGGACCCGCACACACCCUCUCACACAUCAAGAGAGGGAGAGCGACAGGGCAGCAUACAGAAACACAGCGGCAGAACAGGAAAGAUGCACCACGCUGCACACACUUGGAAACACACAAAGAGAGAAGAAAAGGGACAGGGGCUCGGCAGCUAUGAGAAACACUUAUCCUCUCUACACGAACACACUGGCAGAGAAAGGCAAAACCACACAGACCGAGAACUGCCGAGACGAGCACCCUGGGAGGAGACUGCAGACUGUGUCAGCCGCGGGCCAUGCUGGACUUGGUACAGCUGGUGUCGCGGGGCAGCCCAGUGGUGGAGAGGAUGAGCGGUGUUCUGUAUGUCUGGGGACGGGAACACUGGUCACCUCCUCUUCCUCCAGGUCACUAGAGGGACACUCCCAGACACACACACACAGCCAAGUGUUCAAGUGCCCAGCUCCAGGGAAGUCAGGUUUGGGCAGGCAGAAGAAACAGUUGGACAAUGAAGAUGUCCUCUCUGUGUGUUCUGAGCUGCUGGACAGUGAGAUCCGUAAAAUAAUGGAGACUCCAGCCACCACAUAUAAACCCACCUAUAGGUGCUCAGGCUGUGGGUUGCGGUUCAGUGAGGUGACCAGCCGGUCAUUCCCUGUCCUCCAGAGGUCCUGUCCUCACAGCUGUGACCUGCACAUGGUGCUGCAGCAGGCCACACACAGCUACACAAAGUGCCUCCGAGAAAUAUGCAGGAGGAGAGAUGCACACACGACCAAGCAGAGAGAGGGAGGGAUGCAGAGCGUCUCAGAUAACUGCAGAGAUGCCAGUCUAACUCCUAUCCAUAAAGGAACCCUGCUGAAGAGCUUCUCAACCCACAGAGGACAAUACAGAAAUGACCACAACCAUGUGAGUCUCACCCCUCUAAAGAAGCGUAGUCCAUAUGGAGAUAUCACCCUGACUCCUGUGCGUAGAGGUGGUCUGAUGAGGAGCGUCUCCUCUGUCACCAGCAGGGGGCAGGAGAGAGGAGAUGUUAGUCUCACUCCCUUGAAGAAGGCUCGGCCCUCUGAAGACAGGAGAACAGAUCAUGGGGAAGAUGGUGCCAUUGAUGACCAGCAGGAGACUCUGUUCAUGGGAAAACCCUCUCUGACUUCUUUCCAAUUUAAGCCCUGCCCUCUUUAUUUCUCUCUCCCUCCCUCUCUUCAUGUACAGAGGGAGAGGAGGAAAUUCAGCCGUGACGAGGAGCGUUACCUGUGUCGAGGUUUGGUCUAUCCUGGAACACCAUCCUGUGGUCCUAUCCCUUCCAGCCGGGGCGCACCAAUGUAGAUCUGGCCAAGACAUACAAACACCUGCAGGCUAAAUUCUAGGGUAUGGAUUCAACCUCUCCCUGAGAUCUGAGAAGAACACACUGAUUUGUCUAUUGUACAUCACAGUAAUAUAUUUGAAAUACUCUAAUUUAAUAUUGAGUAAUAGUUUUGAAGUACUUACAUUUAAUCCCUAGUUUGAAAUUGUUAACUUCUAUUUUGUACUACUGUAAGUAAACCACAUGAAGAUGUAUUUGAAAUGCGUUAAUUUAAUACUCAUUGAGGAUUAACGACCGAUCUGUUCUGUAUUCCUCAACCUUGUUUUUUACGCAGCAGUAUUGUGGUGCCUAUGUGAAGUAGUUGAAUAGAAAAAUGGAAAUGAUUAAUGUAACUCACUUGACAUUUUUCAUAAUUUUGUUCACUGUUCAUGUAUGUCUUGAGACUGAGAUGGUUGUUCACUUGUCAUCUCCUGAAGUUGUUUCUGUUGAAUUAAACAGAAGGGUGUCCUAUAUGCA